ACACACUGUAUUCAACAGCUCACCGACUGAACAGUAAGCAUCCACACAGCCGCAGUCAUGAAGGUCCUCAUGGUGCUCGCCCUCGCUGUUUUCAGUGCAGGUUGCAAUGCCAACAUCGUGUGGCAAAGCCAGCCCGAGAAAGAGGUCGACAUGGUGAAAGAUGCAUUCUUGGACUACGUGGCCAAGGCAACCACGGUCGCCGAGGACUCCCUGAAUCAGAUCAGGCAGUCCGAGCUGGGAAUGGAAGUGAACACCCUCAUCUCCGAGAGCACAGACGCCGUCAACAAGCUCACCGACGCUCUCCGGACUCAGGUGGCUCCUCUGACCCAGGACCUCAUGUCUAAGUUUACCCAGGAGGCCGAGCAGCUGAAGACCCGUCUAGAGAAGGACCUGACCGCCGUGGCAACCAGCCUGCAGCCCUACGCCGAUGAGCUGGUGGCUCACCUCCAGAAGCAGGUGGAGGAGCUGAAGAGGGACGCGGCCCCCUACGCCGAGACCAUGGACCCAGAGGCCCUGAAGGCCGUCCUGCUGCAGAAGAGCCAGGAGCUGAAGGGGCAGCUGGAUAAGAGCAUGAACCAGCUGCAGGCCCAGAUGGUCCCCUACACCGAGGAGAUCAAGGAGAAGAUGGAGCAGAGCCUGGAGGAGUUCCAGAGGAGCAUGGUCCCCCUGACGCAGAGCUUCGAGACCCAGCUGAACCAGAAAACCCAGGAGAUCCAGCAGAACCUUUCUCAAAGAGGAGAGGAGCUGAGGGCCAAUCUGGAUGCCGACAGCCAGAACCUGAAGAGGCAGCUGACUGCUCUGUGGGAGUCUUUCAGUAAGAUGACCCAGUAAAUGGACUAAUGUCUCUCCUGAGUUUAUGGGACAGAUACAAAAGUGCAAUACCUCGUUUUCUAUGUUUUUAUGUGGAUGAAAGAUACUCAAAAAGGAUUGAUGUUAAUAUUUCCUCUAUUGUGUUACUGUUCACUGUAAGUUUUCAUCUGUAAUAGAACAAUAAAUAGGUUAAAUGUA